AUGGCCAUGAUGACCCAUAGCUGCUGGGUCUCCCUGUGCCUCCUAUCUCUCUCAUCGUGGAUCCUCACCUUCGUUUCCCCCGUCGGAGCCUACACAGCUCUCUCUGACGAGAGUCUUAAACGCCUACCACGACCCGGUACCGAUUUUGAUAUUCACAAAGGCGCUCUGCUGGCACCUAUCCUACGGCCGCGCGUAUCUGGAACGCCGGGCUCGCGUGCCGUUCUUGAACACUUCGCUAGCUUCUUCCGAACGACCUUACCGAAAUGGACGCUCGAGCUCCAGAAUUCCACGUCGAAAACGCCCGUAAGCGGCAACAAAGAAGUUCCAUUCGUUAACUUGAUUGCCUAUCGAGAUCCUCCAAACACUCAACCGGGCAAUGUCGGGCGAUUGACCCUUGUGGCCCACUAUGACAGCAAGAUCGAACCCAAGGGAUUUAUUGGCGCAACCGAUAGUGCUGCACCAUGUGCAAUGAUCAUGCACGCGAUACGAAGUAUCGACGCUGCUUUGACAAAGAAAUAUGAAACUAUAAAUACCGACCCUCACUUUGAUCUCAACGGUGAAGAAUAUCAGGGUAUUCAAGUAAUUUUUCUUGAUGGUGAAGAAGCAUUCCGUGAGUGGUCCGAGACCGACUCGCUAUAUGGCUCCCGCUCGCUUGCCGAACACAUGGAAUUGAGUCUAUACCCUGCCCUCUCAACCUUUAAGAAUCCUCUGGGGGCCAUCAAGUUGUUUGUCCUCCUUGAUUUGCUUGGUGCUGAACACCCAACCAUUCCUUCCUACUUCAAAACAACGCACUGGGCGUAUCAGCACAUGGGUCUGCUGGAAUCCCGGCUGCGGAAUCUCGGCCGAUUCAAAACCUCAGCGCAAGGAAAAAAGCAGGGCGGCAAAAAGAAGCCGGAUCAUGACAAACUCUGGUUCCAAGAUUCUCAUAAAAAUGAUGGCACUAUCUUCUCUCCCUUUGGUGUAGAGGAUGAUCAUCUGCCAUUUAUGAGACGCGGUGUUGAUAUUCUUCAUAUCAUUCCCGCUCCUUUUCCAGGCGUGUGGCAUCGUAUGGACGACGACGGCGAACACUUACAUAUGGAAACUGUGGAGGACUGGAGCACUCUCAUUACUGCAUUCGCUGCCGAAUGGUUAGAGUUGGAGGGGUUUUUUGAAGAGAAUUUAAAGACAACGAAUUUAGAUAAAAAGAGAAAGACGGAAUUGUAA